AUGAGGAAGUUGUUGUGUCAUAAUUCGUUAAAUUCUGAAUACAUUUGCGUUUUACGUUUGUUACGAUGAUUUAAUAAAUAUUUCUACGAAAUACUACGUUUAGAACAUAAAAACACUUCAAUUAAUACGGUCUUUAUGUCCUACAUACAGACGGUUAUUUAAUUUCAGAUUUAGGUGAUAUCAGUGAAAUCUUGAAAAUGGAAUCCCCAAAGCAGUUGGAACCUGAUUCAUUAGAAUAUUGGAAAAAGCAAGCAAAACAUUAUGAACAAAAAGCUAACGAUAUACAACAUGAACUCGACGAGUAUACGGAAAAUUCAGCACAGCUCGAGAAGGAAUUGGAAGCUUCCUUGGAUCAGGUUGAAAAGCAGAACAAGGACUUGAUGAAUCAGAAUGAACGUUUGAAAGACGAAAUAGCAUCACUCAGGAACAAACUGGAAAGAAGUCAUCACGAAACAGAGGCUUUAGAAAAAGAGAUACAAACACUAAAAAAGGAGAAGGAUAAACAAGGAAUUUAUAUCAGAGAAUUGGAACAAAAGAAUGAUGAUUUAGAAAGAGGACAGAGAAUAAUAUCAGAGUCGGUGUCGUGUAUCGAAACACUGUUAAAUCAAGCAUAUGAACGAAAUGCUGUUCUAGAAAGUGAAGUAGAUGAAUUAGAAAACCUUAGGGUAAAACUGCAGAGAGCAACAGAUGAAGCAAGAGAUCUGAAACAAGAAUUAAAAGUAAUAGAGAAAAUUCCUAUCCUCAAAAAAGAAGAGAGUACAAAUGAGAAUCUAUGUAACGGCCACUCUACUGCUCGUGUAGAAAUAGAAACACAAACAUCAGUCACCUCACCACUGAAAAGGGAAGUAAACGGUAACACAUUGACACCUUCAGCCCGAGUAUCAGCAAUCAAUAUAGUCGGAGAUCUACUGCGGAGAGUUGGGCUUGAAAGGUUUCUUUGCCAUGAGUGUGGUAAGGUGAAGUGUACGUGCGGUGUAUCGACCGUGGCGGAGUACCGAGCGCCCGAGGUCGGUGACCAUGGCAACGGCAAUGCGACACCCGACGACACUGACCCGGUCGAAUUCCGGACCCCCGCCCCCUUCACCCGCCAAUACUCAAGAUCCGAACAGUCAAAGAGCUACUCGCAAAAACCCCAAACGCAAAUACCCCCCGACAAAGUGCCAGAAAACGGCAAAUUGCGAAGGUCCUUCAUUGUUAGGUCUAGGGAGGGGCUAGAGAAUUUCCUCAACUUCUCUUCUGCGAAGAAGGCUUUGGAAUCGAAAUUAGCUUCCUGUCGUGGUACCGUUAGACCUAAAGAGCACUCACCAAAUUCGAGCUCAGACGUCAGUAAGGACUACAGGUGUGUACUCAAGAACUAGAACAUCAUUCCACAUAUUGCAGAUAGUUACAGCUUAUACUUAUAAGGCCCACUACACACGUUACGAUGAAACUGCACAGGCCGGUCUCACGAGGUUAGUAAAAGACGCUGAAGGUCACGGUCGAGUGUAAAGAAUUAAGUACAGCAUGUAUGUUGAAGCCGGAUCGCUUAUCCGCCGUAUUACAAUAUGGCUAGUCGUUUUCAAAAACAAUGCCGUUUUGAGAUAUGCUGGUUUAACGACUAUCCGGGUUUCAUGCGGCCGAAAGAUGCAUACUGCGGCCAAACUGUACAGUUAUAUCGCUGCAGUCUGUAGCGGGCAUAUAAAAUGUUUGCUACGGAUACUCAUUUUGUUUAUUAACCAUCUAAUAUUGUGAUCGAGAUCACAUUUCCUACUACUAAUAUCUGUGAUGUUUUAUGAAUAUAUGUAUAAUGAAUGAAUUUUGGCCUACCAACUGGAGACCACAUAGCUUUGCACGUCAAGUGGUUUCUUAUAACUAUAUCCGCUUAAAUAUACACCAUGAAUUGUGCCACACGCUUAACACAAGUCCCAGGUGUAGGUGUGUCAAAAUUGUGACGUUGCUUAUAUAUGUAGUCGCAACGAUCUUCGUAUACACAAGCAAACAAUUUUCGAUGUAAAAGCCCGUUUUGGUAAUGUAAACUCUAACGUUUUGAAAUCAGUAGGGCCAGGCCACAGCACAGCGUUGCGGCAUCGCAUUGUAAAUAUCUGCGACGCCGCAGAACGCAGCUUGGAAGUUUCCGACGCGUUUAAAAUUGAUAGUAUUAUUAUUGUAUAAUGUCGUAUCCGAUGAAAUUUUUGCGUUGUGACAUCUGUGCGACGUUGUUUUUGUGAUACGACGGCGGAACGCAGUCUUGUGGCCUGACCCGCCUGACUCAUAGGUUGUCUAGCUAUUGUGUUAAGAUAGUCGUUGUAAAAAUCUAUUUAAAUGCACUCUUCACUCAUAUUUAAAAAAAAUAGAAUUCGAAACUCCUUAGGCUGUCUACACACUUAAUUCGCUGUGGCGGGUUAGAUGUGUAACACCUUUAGAUGUGAAUAAUAAUUCAACUCAUUUUAAGUGUAUUGUGUUUCUGUGAACUAGUUAUAAUAUAUUAUAUAUUACAUUUUAUAAUGAUAUUUCGGUGUAAAUAAACGUCAAGAAUUAAAUGAGUGUACUGAUAGGAUUUUGUAAAAGAUUUCUUGGUUGUCGUAGAAUUUUUCAAAAUAGUAUUCGAAAUUUAUCUGUAUUAUGUACAAAACAAUAAUACAUAGUAAUAAUAUUAUGAUUCUUACUUAUUGAUUAUGUGAUGAAUAAAAUAGUCAUAAAAUAAAAAAUAAAUAUAGUUAAGUUCUUUUAAUUAAAAUAUAGUAUGUUUAAUCAGACCAAUGUGUUGUAAAAUGAUAUAGAUGUUAAACUUAAAGAGUGAUAUAUUAUAUUUGUUGAUUAAAAUCUUGCCUUAAAAUUUUCUUCAGUAGCAGUCGUUUACACUUUAGUAACUUUCUUUUGGGGCACUGAAUAGCGAAGACAAUACUUGUAGAUUUUCCAUCUCACUCUAACUAGCAGCAUUUUCUAUAAGCUAUUUCAUACAUUCAGUGUUCUAAAGAAGUGAUAGAUAUUUUUGUACUGUUCUAUAUUUUCAUAAGUCUAAAAGCAAAUCAUUCUAAAGAUGGGAUUCAUGUCCUUAAGUGGAUAAUAUCUAAAUGUCAUUUAGUGAUAGAUACUACGAAUAAUAAAAACUAUUUGUUAUUCAUAGGAUAGAUAUAAAACAAUGUUUUCAGUUCUUAGAAUAAUUUACAUAUUUUGAUAUUGUCAACCAAUUUGUGGUUUUAUUGUAGCAAUGUAUGACGUACAUGAAUGUCCAUGUUAGGCUACAUUCAAUAUGUCGAAAAUUGUUUGAGUAGGUUCAUUGGCCUUAAUGUAAAUUGCCCAGUUUACUACAGAUUAAAGUAAGCAUUUAUGUUCACAUUUGUGGUGAUCAGACAAUUUUUAUUUUUAUGCGUAAUAACAAAGGAUAAUAAAUAAGUGAAGAUUA